GGUGUGUCAGCCAAUCAGGAGUGACUACAGGUGUGAGAGUUUCGGACGGAAACCUGCUGGUUCAGUCGGCAGAAAGAGACAGCUCAUAUGUGUUGUUUCAUACGAACAUUUUGGAGCAAUUAUCAAGGAAGGGAUUCAGACAUUUGACUGGAAUAACCGAGGUGGGGCACGACAUUUUCGCCGGCCAGGUAAGAGAGGAGGCACGGCGGCCGACUGGAGCGUGACACCUCUCCAGUUUCAAUUGGAGAAUUCCUGUCACAGUUGUUUGAAGGCAGUGGCUUUAAAAUAGAUCACAAUCAAGAGUUUCAUCGUGAUUUGGAUCAUCACAAGCUCAGCCAGCUCUUGCUUUUCCUCAGACCAAGAUGACAGAGAAGGCAAAAUGGUGGAGGGCCUUCCUGCCAAAGAAGAAGGCAGGUGGCAAGGAGGCAGGUUCCCCUAACUCGUACGGACCGGACUUUGACCCUUUUGCACAAGAAAAGUCCAAGAGCACCACUGAGCAGUCUCCGUCCCAACAAGAGUGCACCAACGGCUCCCGCAUCUUCAGCGACGAGACCUACGACGACUCCCACAUGGAGUCCCUGUUCAACGAGCAGACUUGCCGCAGAAAUAUGAACGUAUCCCGCUCGGGACGCUUUAAGGUGAAGAGCAGGGCGCGCAUAGCCCUUCCCGAGACAGAUAAAGGCACGGGGAACGUGGCGUCGACCUAAGACGACAUAUGAGAUCGAUAGCGAUGGAAGGUAUAAAAGUGACUUUACAAAGAUGAGAAGGAAAAGGCUUCCUUCCCUUGAGGUGUACAGAAGCUUCUGUAGGUUGGUUGCGAUGGUGACGAGGAAGGUGACAAAAAGCAGAGAGGUCCGAAAGGUCACGGGAAAAAAAAAAAAAGGUUUGUUUUGAUAGCCAGCCCAUCAAGUGAGAUUGUGUGGUGUCCACUUUAUGUAACAUUUUAACAUGCCUGUGUAAUAAUGACAUUUAAUAUAUGCAAAUGAAGGACUUCUAUGAAAAUGCUUUUGUGAAACAAUUGGAAGGUUUGUGAAACUGUAAAUGGUUAGGAGAGUAACUAAAUUGAAUUUAGGAUUUAUGUUUGUAUUUUUAAAUGAAGGAUCAGUCCAGGAAGUCUUAAGAUUUUUGAGCAGAGCUGUGGCUAAACGGCACAGAUGUUUGACGUUUGUUUUUAUGGUACACUGUGUUUAGAUCACCUGUGAAUAUUGAAAUGAAGACAUAAAUUAAAGCGUUGCUACCAUUAAA